AUGAGAGCUCUGGUGUGGAACUGCCAAGGUGCUGGGAGCCCCUUGACAGUUCCCCAUCUGAAGGAGGAAAACAGACUCCUCUCCCCUAGUAUUAUUUUCCUUUGUGAAACAAAAAACAGGAAGACUUAUAUGGAGAAAGUUAAGAGGAUUUUGAACUUUGAUAAUAGUUUUGUAAUAGAGGCUAUGAAUAGGAGUGGUGGUAUGGCACUCCUGUGGAAGAAUGAAGCCAAUAUUUUAGAAGUACAAGGUACGGCUUUUACAAUUGAAGUGAAAGUAGAGGACAUAGAGAAAAAAGAGUGUUGGUGGUUGAUUGGAAUCUAUGCAAGCUGUGAUAGCCAAGUGAGAAGAGGUCAAUGGGAGGUUCUGAAUAGGAGGAAAGUUGGAUGGGGGGAUAAAUGGAUUAUAAUAGGUGACUUCAAUGAUAUCACCUCUAAUGAUGAAAAAUGGGGUGGAAGGAGGAGGGACUAUAGAAGCCUUCAGGAUUUUCAGGAGUUCAUAAAUGAGAACCAGCUUUUGGAUGUUGGGUAUCUGGGAAAACCUUGGACUUGGAGUAACAACUGGUAUGGAAGUGGUGAAAUUAAAGAGCGUCUGGACAGAGGCCUUUGUACAUUAAAAUGGUCUCAGUGCUAUGGGGACGCCAAGUGUCUACACAUUGAAUCGAUUGCUUCUGACCAUAUGGUAAAGAAGGCUUGGAGUGUCCAGUGCGAGGGAACUAGAUGGUUCAAGGUAAAGGAGAAAAUCAAGAACUGCAGGAUAGAGCUUCUUAAAUGGAGCAGCAGUAAGAAAGGGAACUCUCUGGAUAGAAUUAAAUGGUGCAAAGAGCAGAUUGAGGAAAUUAAGGCAUCAGAGGUUGAAAACAAAAGAAUAAGAAUUCAGGAAUUGAAAGAACAAUUGAAAGUAGCUUAUGAUAAUGAAGAGGCCUAUUGGAAUCAGAAAUCCAGAUUGAGAUGGUUAAAAGAGGGAGAUAAAAACACCCAAUUUUUUCAUGCAACAGUCAAAGGAAGAAGAAGCAGAAACAGAAUUCAGAAGUUGCAGAAAGCUAGUGGGGAGUGGACUUCUACUGAGGAAGAGUUAGGGAAGGAAAUAGCAGACUAUUAUAAAGAAUUGUUUAAGAGUUCAGGGUCGGUGGUGCCUGAUGAUAUUUUAGAGGGAAUCCCUGUAUCUAUAACAGAGCAAAUGAAUAGAGACCUGACUAAAGAUAUUGAGGAAGAGGAGAUCAAGACUGCUUUCUUCUCUAUGGAACCUAAUAAGGCUCCUGGGAGUGAUGGUAUGUCUCCACUUUUCUUCCAAAAAUUCUGGAACUCUAUUAAACAGGACCUGGUAAGUGCGAUUCAAGGUUUCUUCCACAAUAAUGUUAUUCUUAAAGCCAUUAAUCAUACAAUCAUCUCCUUAAUCCCAAAAGUAGACUGCCCGUCAGAGAUUAAACAGUUUAGGCCUAUCAGCUUAUGCCAAGUGGUCUACAAGGCCCUUGCAAAAAUUCUGGUCAAUAGGCUUAAACCUUUUCUUUCUAAGUGCAUUAGCAAAAAUCAGUCAGCUUUUGUCCCAGGUAGGCAAAUCAUAGAUAAUGUCAUCCUUUCCCAUGAAUUGUUACAUUUCCUGAAAAACAAAAGACAAGGGAAAGCUGGGAUGAUGGCAGUGAAACUUGACAUGUCAAAGGCCUACGAUAGGGUGGAGUGGGGUUUCUUGAAAGUGAUAAUGGAAAGAAUGGGAUUCUGUAACAAAUGGAUAACUUGGAUUAUUGCUUGUAUUAGCUCUGUCACCUACUCUUUCAACAUAAAUGGUGAUCAGAAGGAGUACAUAACCCCAACCAGAGGAAUAAGACAAGGUGAUCCUCUUUCCCCAUACUUGUUUCUGUUGUGCUCAGAAGGGUUGUCGAAUCUGAUAAAGAAAGCUAAGUUGGGGAAGCAACUGACAGGUAUAAAAAUCAGUAGAGGGGCACCAGCAAUAACUCAUUUGUUUUUUGCUGAUGACUCUUUAGUAUUUUGCAGAGCUAAUGGUCAGGAAGCUGGGGUGUUAAUGAGUAUUCUCAAGGUGUAUGAAAAGGCAACUGGUCAGCUUAUCAACAUGGAUAAAUCCUCAGUGUUCUUCAGUAAAAACACUAUCCAAGUUGUAAGGGAGGAAGUCUGCCAAGCUAUGGGAUCUAUUCAGCAGAUAGGACAGGGUCAAUACCUUGGCCUUCCAAUGAUCAUAACAAGAUCUAAGGGGCAGGUGUUUGGGUAUAUACGGAAUGCUGUUGAUAAGAAGUUGCAGAGUUGGAAAAAUAAACUGUUAAGCCAAGCAGGGAAAGAAGUCAUGCUUAAAGCUGUAGCUAUGGCUAUGCCAACCUACACCAUGUCUUGUUUCAGACUGAGCUCUAAAAUGUGCAGGGAUAUAAGUGCAAAAAUGGCAGACUACUGGUGGGGGGAGUCAGAAGGAAAGAAAAGGAUGCAUUGGGUCGGUUGGAGUAAGAUGACAGAAUCCAAAAGUAAGGGGGGUAUGGGAUUCAAGGACUUGCAAGGCUUCAAUAGAGCUCUUCUGGGCAAGCAAGUUUGGAAGUUGUUAACUCAACCAAACCUGCUAGUCAGUAGGGUAUUGAAGGAAAAAUACUACCCCAGGCAAUCAUUAUUCACCAGUAAAGUCCCUCAAAAUGCUUCUUGGAUUUGGCAAAGCAUUGCUGAGGUGCGCAAAGAAGUACAGAAGGGUAUCAAAAGGAAGAUUGGAAAUGGCAAGGCUACGAGUAUCUGGGAAGAUUGUUGGAUUCCAGACAGUAAAAGUGGGAAACCAACAACAUCAAGACCACCUGGUUGUCAUUUAGAGCAUGUGUCAGAUCUUAUCAUCAACAACAGAUGGAAUGCUGUCUUGAUAUUCAGAAUAUUCAAUCAGCAAGAUGCCGAAAGAAUACUGAGGAUACCUAUAAGCUUUACAGGGAAAGAAGAUGGGCAUUACUGGAUUCAUUCUCAAACUGGACAUUACACUUCUCAAUCUGGAUAUAAGACUUGGUUGAAGGAGAAGGAGCAGGAACGUUUAGGAAGGAGGGAGGAAGCAGGGACUAGCUAUGAAGGAUCUAUAAUGAGAGUUUGGAAAUCACUAUGGAAGCAGAAAGUGUGUCAAAAAAUGAAAGUAUUCAUAUGGAAAUGUCUGCAUGGAGGACUCCCAGUGAGAGGUGAAAUUUACAGAAGAACGAAACAAGGAAAUCCCUUAUGUGCAGCGUGUGGUGAAGAGGAUGAAACAGUAGAACACAUGUUGCUACAAUGCAUCAAAGUACAGGAAGUUUGGAAGCUAGCGCCUGUACAAUGGGAUGGUAUACAGAAUGUAUCUUACUGUUUCAUGAAAUGGUGGACUGCAAUCAUGGAAGCUCAGAAAGAGAGAGGAGGAGAGGACCAUGCGAACCUUACCAUUAAUAUUCUCUGGCACAUUUGGAAAGCCAGAAACGAGAGGGAGUUUGAUUGUAAGGAAAAAGAGCCUCAUAGAGUAAUACAAAAAGCUGUGAAGAGUUGGACGGAAUUUGAGGAGGUCAACAAAGGGAAGGAGAGUAGAAAGAACACUCAGGGAACAGAAACUCUGGAAUAUGCUGAGCAAGUCCAAAGACAGAGUGAGAACCAAGCCGGGCUGAUGAUCAAGGUCCACACCCACCUAGACAGAAGGCAACAAAUGGUGGGAAUUGGAGUCACUGUGACAGACUUGGCAGGUUGUCUACAAGCGAGCUGGGCUUUAAGGGAAAGAAUGUCAGGAGACACAAUGCAGGACCUUGCUGGUGCGGUGAGGCUUGCACUUCUGAAUGCUAUCAAUCAAGGCUGGACAUGUAUUAAAGUGGAGCUGGAGGAUAGUGAGUUGAUUGAGUGCAUUAUACAUUCAAGAACAAGCAAUCAACAGAUGGCUACUCUGGUGGAGGAUAUUCAGUCUAUAAGUAAUCUGUUCCAAAAGUGUACUUUCUCUUUUGCUGAAUCAGGUUUCGUAGGUAGUAUCAAAUUGAGCAUGUAUGCUCUAACAAUCUUAGUUGAUGAGGAAUGGGUGAAUCCCAACUUAAAGUGCUAA